AUGACGAGUCACUACAGAAACACAAUCUCUUUUGUUUCUCUCUUGCUUUGUCUCUUCAUCGCAUCUGCCUCCUCUGAACGUUCCUUCAUACGACAAUUCACUGAUGACUUCAACUCAAAUCUGCAGCAGCCAGACCAGAUUGGAGCAGGAGGAAACCCAGACCUGGAGGAGGCGCAUUCCAGAGAUAACCAUCAGGAGAUCUCAUCACGUGAUAAUAAUAGAGCCUCAGCUUCAAGCACAGUGGUAGGUCUGAGGAAUCGUGCUCCAUCUUCUUACAGUUUGAAGAUGGAAUCUUUCAGCAUUCUCCUUAAUUCAAAGAACACAGAAAGCUACCGGUCUCGUCCUUUUCCGGUUGGUGAAUACAACUGGACACUUGUUGUGUACCCUAAUGGGAACAAGAGGGACAAUGGUACAGGGUACCUUUCGCUUUAUGUAGCCAUAGACAACUCGAGUCUCCUCGCUGCACAUAGAGACGUUUACGCAGAUCUCAGGUUUUACAUCUUCAACAAGAACGAGAGGAAGUACUUCACAAUCCAAGAAACAAAUGUUUGGCGAUUCAAUGUCUUCAAAACGAUGUGGGGAUUCUCCCAGGUCCUCCCUCUUGAUACAUUUAAAGACUCGAGAAAUGGUUUCCUUUACGAUGGAGAUCACUGCGAGUUUGGUGUUGAUGUGUCUAUUCCCACUCCCUUUAAAAUGUCAGAACUUUUCACUAUCACUCAUAAUUUCCCUACCCCAAUCUACACUUGGACGCUUCAGAGAUUUUCCACGCUGCUCAAAGAUGACUACUCUUCGGAUGCGUUCUCCGUUGGAGGAAGACGUUGGAGACUACAAGUGUAUCCAAAUGGUGAUAGUAUGGCAAAGGGAAGAUCCUUGUCGGUGUAUCUUUACCUGGAUGAGAACGAGAAAAUCAGACCCUAUGAGAAGAUUUAUGUUCGAGCCAAGCUUAGAGUUCUUAACAUAAUCCCAUCCAGAAAUGUUGAAAGGCAAGUGGAUAUAUGGUACGCUUCUCCUCCGAGUGGAUCUCGAAGUUGGGGUUUCGCUAAUUUCAUGUCACUCUCUGAUCUCAGAUCUUUAUUUGGGGGUUUCCUUGGGGGUUUGUUUGGGCCCGAUGAGUUAAGGGUUCAAGUCGAAAUGGAAGCCAUUUCUUCGACCAAGUACUUCCCUAGUUAG